CUGUGGCUGCAACAGUGUGGGGCUGGAAGUAGGAUGGCGAAGAUGGCUGUAGACCUAGGAGAGCUGCUUGUCCCUUAUAUGCCCACCAUCAGAGUUCCCAGAUCGGGAGACCGGGUUUUCAAGAGUGAAUGUGCCUUUUCCUACGAUUCUCCAGAGUCUGAAGGAGGCCUGUAUGUGUGUAUGAGCACGUUCCUUGGCUUUGGAAGGGAGCAUGUGGAGAGACAUUACAGGAAAACUGGACAGAGUGUGUACAUGCACUUGAAGCGUACAGUUAAAGAGAAAGCAACGGGAGCUGCAGGGGGUUCUGGGUCAAGGAGAAGAAAUGGGAAGGUUUUCUUAGAGCUUAACCGUGAUUUUAACAGAGAUGAUUAUGAAUGCGAAGAUGAGGCCAAACUUGUCAUAUUCCCAGAGCACCAUGAGGUCCCCUUACCAAAUAUUGAGGAGUUGCCUGCACUGGUGACAAUAGCAUGUGAUGCCGUGCUCAAUGCCGCAUCGCCUUACAAAAAACAGGAGAUCCUUUCCUGGGAGGAUGAGAUUCAGGUGUCACGGCAUGCCAGGAGUCUCCGACAACAGGAUAACGGGGUGCAGAUCCCUCCCAGUGGUUGGAAGUGUUCCAAAUGCGAGAUCAGAGAGAAUCUGUGGAUGAACUUGACGGAUGGGGCAGUGCAUUGUGGGAAAUGGUUCUGUGAUGGUACUGGAGGCAAUGGGCAUGCAAUGGAGCACUACAGGGAAACCAACUUCCCGCUGGCUGUCAGACUGGACAACAUCACUGCAGAUGAGGCAGAUGUAUAUUCAUUUGAUGAAGAGGAAGCAGUGUUGGACCCACAAUUAGCAAAUCACUUAGCACACUUUGGAAUAGAUAUAUUGCAGACUCAAAAGACGCAGAACGGGCACACGGAUAAAGAGAUGCGACUGCGUGCCCGGGAGUGGGAGGUGAUCCAGGAGUCUGGCCACAAGCUGAAGCCGGUGUAUGGCUCCGGCUACACCGGCAUUAAGAACUUGGGGAACAGCUGCUACCUGGGAACCAUCAUGCAGGUCCUCUUCAGUAUCCCAGAAUUCCAGAGGACAUAUGUGGGGAAUCUUCAGAGGAUUUUUGAUUAUUCACCCCUUGAUCCCACACUGGACUUCAGUACACAAAUGGGAAAAGUUGGCCACGCACUACUCUCAGGCCAGUAUUCCAAACCACCAGUGAAAUCUGAGAUCAUAGAACAGGUGAUGAAAGAAGAACGCAAAGUGUUAGACUGGCAGCAACAGAGAGGGGUCUCCCCCAGGAUGCUCAAAGCUUUGAUCAGUAAAGACCACCCCGAGUUCUCCUCUAUCAGACAACAGGAUGCACAUGAGUUGUUCCUACACUUGAUGAACUUUGUUGAGAGGCAAAACAUGGGAUCAGAAAAUCCCAGCGACGUGUUCCGCUUCCUGGUGGAGGAGAGGGUCCAAUGUUGCCAGUCCCGGAAGGUGCGCUACAGUCAGAGUGUGGGCUACAGCAUGCAGCUUCCAGCCCCCAUAGAGGCUGCCACAAAUAAAGAGGAGUUGAUAGCAUAUGAAGCACAGAGGAGAGAGGCAGAGGAGAACAUGACACCACCCCCGGUGCCAGUGAGGGCUAAAAUCCCCUUCACCGCCUGUUUACAAGCCUUCACUGAGCCUGAGAAUGUGCCUGACUUCUGGAGCUCUGAACUUCAGGCCAAGUCAGCCGGAGUGAAGUCAUGCCGAUUUGCUUCCUUUCCUGCACAUAUGCUCGUACAAAUUAAGAAAUUCACUUUUGGAAUGGAUUGGAUCCCCAAGAAAAUAGAUGUCUCCAUAGACAUGCCAGACUAUCUGGAUCUCUCUCGCCUAAGGGCCACUGGGCUCCAGGCAGGAGAGAUGGAGCUGCCAGACAUCAAGCCACCCAUUGUCAUUCCUGAUAACAGCAGAGGUCUGAAUAGCUUUCUGGAUUCUUCAGACAUAGAUGAGUCCUCAGUGCUGCAGCUGGCGGAGAUGGGGUUCCCCCUGGAGGCCUGUCGGAAGGCAGUGUACUACACAGGAAACAUGGGGCCAGAGAUGGCUUUCAGCUGGAUUAUAGCCCACAUGGAGGAGCCUGAACAACAUCAGAAGAUAUCCUUCAGAUACCCCCAUCUUAAGUUCAGACCACAUGAGAUUUAAGUCUGGAGACUGAGAUGGCUUUUGAAGAACAUGGUUGUUGUUUUACUUUACCAUUUCUGUGUGGAUUUGAUGUAAGACACAAUCUGCACAUGACAAAGUCUCAGCUACCUAGCAGAGGCAACCAGAUUUUCUGCCAAGAUUUCCUGGUACUUUGUUUAUUUAAUUGUGCCAUUGAUCUGAAAUGGUGCCCCUGUACCACUGGCAGUAAAACAUCUCCAAAACAUCUAUGACGCUAUUUGGGAGACACACGCUGGGGUUUGGCACUUUCUUUCGUUGUUUUAUUUUGUGACUGUACUUGUUUAUGUCUGGUACUUCUUUGUUCAAGGUAGUUGACCCUCGUCUUCAGAUUUAGAUGUAGAUUUGUCCUUGUAAGUUGUGCAUUUUAAUACACGUUUAAUACACAAAUUCGGCAAUUUAUUUGAUAAUUGAUAUAUUUUGGUGAUAAUUAACAAAUUCAAUUGAAUAAAUGUAUUUCACAUGUUGGAUAAGUGAAGGGUUUUAACAAUUUAUGCGCUUGUUUGGUAUUCUGAAUGUUAAACAAGGCUGUUAAAAUUGCUGGAUUCUGAAACUGACCAUAUUUCACCUUCAACGUAAUCCCCGACAAUACGCUUUGAAAUCAUUUGAUUGAAAUUUUGAAAAUGUGACCAAAUUCAAACACAUUUCUGUAUUAUGAGAUUCCAUUAAAGGUGACAGCCAUAAUGUGUGUGUGCGUGUGUGUGUGUGUUGUUCUCUGGGUAUCUUUUGUAUGUAACUAAUAGGAUGGAUGGAAGUUGGAAAUGCAAUUACCACACUCAAAUUUGGUGUUCAAACUAGGCGCUGGUCACUUUGUUCAAUAAUAGACCAUAUGCCUACAUGCCUACAUGAAAUGGCACAUCCUUCACCAUGGUCGCCAGAAUAAGAUUAUUUUCCCUAAAUUGACAUCAACAUAUCAACAGAAAGGUUGCAUUUUGAAAGAUGAUAUUCACAAAUUGGAAUCCCCCAGCCCAUAAAAGAGAAUAAUAAUAUCAAUAAUAACACCACUAUAAAGGAAUUUGGACUGUAAAGGUCAGACCUGACACAAAACCGACUGUUUUGAAGUUUAAAUGUCAGCCGUAUCAUCAUCCUAGCCUCAUGCUCUUUGGGUUAACGUCUGACCAGAGAGAUGCAAGGGGAUGAGACCAGGUUGAGCUGCUGUACUCCAGGGUCUCUGUGUAGUCAGCUACAGUAGCAGGUGCCUGGGCAGUAACAGGAUAGUUAUGUGUCUGCUUGUUAAGAGGAUCAUUUCGCUGUAGUGAGCUACAUUGACAUGUGUCAGACUGCCCGGUCAUUGAGAGCCUAGAACAGUGUACUAAGGACACAUUAUGAGAAUUAUGUGUGGGGCGGCCUGUAGCGUAGUGGUUAAGGUAAGUGACUGGGACAUGCAAGGUCGGUGGUUCUAAUCCCAGUGUAGCCACAAUAACAUCCGCAAUCAGUCUAACAGGACACAUCUGGGCAAGAAGAAACACCUGUCAGUCACAUGUUCCAAUACUUUUGCUCACCUAAAGAUUGGGUGGUCUGGCACAAAAGGUGAAAUGUUCUAAGUUGUUCAACAAAUCUAGAUAAAAAAACCAGGAAAUAAAACCUGAAAUUCUGAUCUGUGAUCUUAUGUCUUUUGACCUCAAACUCAAUUGUCUUCACUAUAAAAACAAAGGAAUUGACCACGCUGUUCUAGUACUUUUGGAGGGGAAUACACAUUUUCUGAAAACAAAACUGGGGGCAAGAACAGCUUGGCUGUAACUAUGCUUAUGUGCCCUAAUCUAAGGCGGCCUGUAGCGUAUUGGUUAAGGUACAUGACUGGGACAUGCAAGGUCAGUAGUUCAUUCCCCAAUAAGAUCCGCACAGCCUUUGGGCCCUUGAGCAAGGCCCUUAACCCUGCAUUGCUCCAGGGGAGGAUUGUCUCCUGCUUAGUCUAAUCAACUAUACGUCGCUCUGGAUAAGAACAUCUGCCAAAUGCCAAUAAUGUAAUGUAAUGAGAAUUAUAAGGUUCUAACUGACUUUUUAUUUUAUUUUAUUAUUAGUUGGUGUCAUAAAUAUGUUGUGUAUAUGGCACUAAAUACAUGUGUGAAGAUUUAUUCAAAAACACUGCAAAAUGUAAAAGUUGUAUCUGCUUGGAGCCCAUUCACUUUGGAAUCUUUGAAGCUCAAUAUCUCAAAACUCUCAGAACGCAAAUAGACCCUUCAAAUUCUGUACUCACGAUUGGCUUGGGGAGCCAAGGAAAUGGCCUUCAUGCAGACUCUGGCUUUUCCCAUUAUGUAGGAGCCACUCUCAGGGGCAUCCAACUGCUGUGGUAUCCCCCUCUUCAACCUUCUUCAUGCCUGAUAGGAGAUUAAUUUCAGACUCCUGCUACUCUCAGUUUGUGUUCACAUAUAUCACUCCCACAACCCUCAUUUUAAGCUCUAAGAAAAUCAGCCUAGUUUCCUUAUAUGACAGGCUGAGGAGCUUAUAUAACCUUAUCAUGGAAAUAUGAGAUAAAGUAUACCCCUGACAUAGGUUUUUGUUUGUUGCUCCAGCAGAAAACGGGUGCCUAACCAUGGGGGAAUAUAAGGUUUCAGCUUCUACUGAAUAAAGGUGUUAGUUUAACCCGUAAUGACUUGAGAAUUGGCACUGCCAAUUUAGGCAAUACAAGUUUCCUCCAGGUCUACUGGUAGUUCUGCUUUCCUGUUUUUAACUGUUAUCAAGGUAAAUAUCUCCAAAAUAAAUCUAGAAAAAUAGAAAUAAAAAAAAAUAGAAACUGUGUCACACUGAUUUACUUGGAAUCAAUGUGUAUUAACAUGGUAAAGAUGUAGAAACAAGUUGUAACUACCAUGUGCAUAUAACAUUUAUUUUCUGUUAAAAUAAGGGCCCCCACAAAGCAAAACAUGAGUUUUCUUGAAGUAUGUAAAGGACAUAACUAGCUAACUUGGUAGGUUGCUAGUUCUGUGAACAUACAAUGGUGGAUAUUGACCUAUUCUUAUCAGUUAAAUCAGCUAUGAUGACUUUUCACUGAUUAUUGCCUCUGAUUGACAUAAGUCCGGGGCAUAAAAAUUAUGCCCCACAAUGGGUUAUGGGCUACUCUUGCCUGAUUGGCUGUGGAUGUGUGGAUUGGGUUUUGUAACUCACAUAAUAUGCUUAUGAUGCGCAAACACGUGUAAAUAACGUUGCCACUAAAUAUGCUCCAUAAGAAAGGGUAUUCUGUGGAAUGCCAUGAUCUCUUCCACCCCCUAUUGCCAAUGAGUCUUCUUGUCCAACACUCAGAUCUUUCUCUCCCUUGCCUGUCUGUACUUGUCCAAUUUGCUGCAAAUACUGUACACCAUACAGUAAUCGAUUGAAGUUAUAACUGUCAAGUUUAAUGGGUUUUGACCGUACAUUGCUCUGUAGCUAUUUUAGCAGUACCAUUCC